CGUUGGACACCUCAACAGUCGCGUGGAAACAUCGCUCGCCGGCUCAGAUUCGUUGUAAACAAGCCUCGUGGUUUCCAACGCUGCCUGCUCGGCACGGUGCUAAAGCAGUCCUUCACAGCUCAUUCCAAGGCUACUGAGCCACACGUGAACGAACACCUGACUUUGGAGCCGUGAGGCUGUGAGGGGCCGUGCAGCGCCUAAGGUCACUUCACGGGUGCUCUGGGUUUAAAAGAAUUGGGCUUUCACGUUAGGGCUUUGUUCUUGCCGUGGCAACCGUUCUGAACUUCGACAAACCAUUUGCCUCGCCGCGGAGGGUUCUAAACGGUCUUGGCAGCCUCCAGAACGACGGUUCGACUCGAUACCUGGUCGCCUGUACCGCUGUUCAGUAUCACAUUCGAUUCGAACACUGCUGGAAGACGACAUGACGAAAGCGAAGCCUCACUCUCGUUCCGGCUCAGCCACGGUGCCGGUGAUCCAAAAAGAGUUGCCUGUCAGGAUCAUGACAGAGGCAAUGCUUCCCUCGGGAGGACUUGCGCUAUCGCAACAUAUAGCACAGGAGACAAGCUCAGUCGCAUCUACGCCCGGAGUAGCAACACCAGCUUCUGAAGCCUCAGUUGCAGGCGGAUACUUCGCACAAUUCGAAGGCUUCACCCCGCAAGUGGAUGCCGGCUUCCUGAACCAGUUCAACAAGCUCGCCAUACAUGAGAACUGGUCCAAGCGAGAAAAAGCGCGUCGCCGCGACGAAGCCAUCGAGGCCGAGUUCACCCACUACUUCGGCACAGACUACCACGACGUCGCCAAAUGGCAGGAGCUCUGUGGCCUGGUGGGUCUUCAAGCCGAGGGCUUGUCAUCCAUCACCAAGUGCAAAAAGUCGCUCAGCGCGCGCAAAGUCAUGGUCAAUCUCGUCAAUCUAGUCGACCACCUCAAGAAUGGCACGCCCCUCAAGAAGUUCAAGAACUUCUGGGAGUUCCAGCAGUACACGCUGAAGCCUGGACGCUGCAUGAACCGCUCGCUGGCGAAGAAGAACGCUUUCGUGAAUGUGCUGCUUAGGCAUGUAGCAUAGGUCGUUGCUUUAUUGGCAAGCGGCUGGAGAUGAGCGUUCGUAAGUGAUGUCUCGGGGUUUAGGCGUUGCAUAGGGUCGGUGUCAGGCGCUCUUUCACGGAUUUAGACGCUCUCGAAACGGAGCAGAGUGCUCGAAUAUGAGGUCUUCACGUAGGGACUCUCUGCUGGGUGUCAUUCCAGCACCUUUUCGUUAAGACGUUCAGGUAGCUGAGCAUGUAAUUUGAACUUCUUUGGAUCCACACGUGCAAGUCGACACGGUGAGUCUCACAUUCCA